GUUUUCAAGGGGACAGUGGAAUUGUUCCAUUAUAAUCUAUUUUGUGUUCAUGGAGGAGUUUAUGAUUCUUUUGAGCCUAAUAGUAACACAUGGUAGCAGUGUCAGUAACCAGCUCACUGAGAAAGUACAUUUUUGGUGUUUGUGUGUCUGUGUGUCGCGUCAAGAGCCCAAUCCACAAUUGAGCUUGAGAUCUGAGAGAUCAGGGGGAUCAGUGAGAUCCAGGAGAUUACAGUACACAUUCAGCUGGAUUAAAAGUGAGAAACUGUAUGAGAUUAUGUCCAUGAUCAGACUGAUUUUGAAAGAACUUUACCGCAAGUGUUACUUUCUAAAUACACAAGCACUGAGAUCAGUUGAUUAUGAACAUUAAACCGGAUAGUCGAA